GUUAUGCAAAUGUUUCUUUUUUCUUUUGGUAUCCCACUCAUCAAUUUAAAAGAAAAAGAAUCUUUUACAACCACAUCAAAUUAACCAUCUCAGAUAUUGUUAAGCGUAUAUAUUAGCGACUUGUUCUGAGUUUCCCUCUUUCAAAAUGAUUAAAUACACAUACUUCCUUUUUCCAAUACACACACAUUAAAAUGGCUACUGAUAUCGAUACUCUUGUCAGCAUGGGAUUCUCCCUUAAUAAAGUGUAAGACCUUUCUUACUCUUUUAAUCCGUAUAUAUUUAAACGCGUAUUUUUUUGGUUGUAGAAAGAAGGCUAUGAAAGCUACCAACGGUGCAGGCCUUCAACCUGCCAUGGACUGGCUUUUGAGUCAUCCUGAGGUUUCCGAUGAGCCAGAAGAAGAUGUUGCACCUCCUCAAGCCCUGGGUACUGCAUCAAGCAGUUCCCCCACACCUGAAGAUGAAGGUGAAAUUAAGGACGGUGAACAAACUGCACAUAGCUUAAUUUGCAACGAUUGUCAAAAACUUUUCCGUGAUGCAACGGGUGCUGAACGACAUGCUAUUCGUACUGGACAUCAAAACUUUGCGGAAAGUACCGAAGCCAUUAAACCUUUGAGCGAAGAAGAAAAGAAGCAAAAGUUAGCAGAGCUCAAGACCCGCAUGGCCGAGAAACGUGCGGCGCGUGAACAAGCGGAAAUUGCCGAGCGCAAGCAAGCGGAAAAGAUUCGUAGAAAAGCAGGACAAGAGGUGACCAAUAUUAAGGAGGCUUUAGAGGCCAAGGAGAUCAAAAAGAUUUAUGACAUGAAGAAGAAAGAAAAGGAGUUGGAAAAGGUGGCUAAAGCAAAGAUCAUGGCUCAGAUCGAACAGGAUAAAAAGGAACGUGCUGCUAGAAAGGAAGCGAAGCAAAAUGUUCAACAGGCUCAAGCGCAGGCUGACGCUUUGGCUGCUGCUCAGCCUGUAGUCAAAAAAGACUAUAACGAAGCUAGACUUCAGAUUCGUGUGCCUGGUUCUGCAGCCAUCACUCAUACAUUUGAUGCUACAGCCACUUUAUCCGAUGUACACACAUUUUUGCAAGGUCAAGGUUUAUCUAACGCCUUUGCAUUGUCCACUACCUUUCCUAGAAAGACAUUUGGAUCUGCGGACCAAACAAAAACAUUGAAGGAAUUAGGUCUUGUUCCAUCCGCUGCCCUUGUCUUGGUAUACGUUUAAAAAAGAAAAAUGUUUUGUCAGACAGAGUAAAAGAAAAUAAAAAUAAAAAAACAAACAAUAGCUUCCCAUCUUAGAGUAUCAAGGUAAACUUGUGUGCGUUUGUAGUUGAUACACUCUGUCGUUUGGUUGCGAUCGGGAUUCUAUGGAUCAUGGGUAUUUUAGGUCAUUUAUAAAGAAAUGGGACCUUUACUGUUCAAAUUAAACUUUUCUGUAAGUAAAGCCAAUGGAAGUUGGAUAAAUCGUG